ACGCGCCGCUGCUCUCCUUCCCCGCCGUUCAGUGCGUCUCAGUGCGUCCGUGGACCAAAGAGCAGCAGCAGCAGCAGCAGCGGUGCGCUCCUCUUCCUCCAGAGCCACAGGCAUCCCGCGCCGUGCACGCCCCGCAGCACACGCACGAGGAGGAGGGACACGGCUGCCUUGAGACUUACGCGUUUUGUUCAUUUCCCCGAUGGUAACCAGCACCGCGCGGCCGGAGACAUGUGGAAUAAUCCGGGCAAAGUGCGCCGCGGCUCGCUCGUGUGUCUGCUCGUGGCGCUGUGCGCCGAGGUGUCUCGGUCCACCGGGUACUUCGAGCUGCAGCUGAUGUCGGUGGGGAACCCCGCCGGGCAGCUGCUCAACGGCGACUGCUGCGACGCGGAGAGGAGCGCGGCGGAGGGCCCCUGCGGGCCCGACGAGUGCGACACGUACUUCCGAGUGUGCUUAAAGGAAUACCAGACCGAGGUCACGACCAACGGGCCGUGCACGUACGGCUCGGAGACUACCAAGGUCCUCGGUGGGAAUACUUUUCAGUUCAAAGGCGGCUCGAAGACCGGGCAGAACCGGAACCACGACGCCGGGAAGAUCGUCAUCCCGUUCCAGUUCGCCUGGCCGCGCGCGUACACGGUCAUAGUGGAGGCCUGGGACAGAGACAACGGGACACACAGUAACGGGGACGAGCUGCUGAUCGGGCGCAGCGUGGACAAAGGGACGCUGAACCCGGGCGAGGAGAAGCAGGUGGUGGGGGGCUCCGGCCUGCUGUACUCCGUCCGCGUGCGCUGCGACGACAACUACUACGGCGCCAAGUGCAACAAGGUGUGCCGCCCGCGGGACGACUACUUCGGCCACUACGUGUGCGACCAGCAGGGCAACCGAGGCUGCAUGGAGGGCUGGACGGGGGCCGACUGCAAAACAGCCAUCUGCAAGCCGGGAUGCAGCGUGGAGCACGGCAUGUGCGACGUGCCGGGGGAAUGCAGGUGAGCCCCCCCCCCCAUUUAUUGUGUUUGUUUGUUCCUCUUCCUCCAGCGUCACAGUGACCCAAAGUGACGUAAAACGCGCUGUUGUUUGGGGGGAAAAACCUUGUAAGAGUUUAAUGAGGUUAACAGAGGUUUCCAGAGGAGCCCAUUAGGGGGGGGGGGUUGUUGAUAACAUACCAACCACCACCCCCACACCCUCCACCUCCAUCCCUCAGCUCUCAUCUAGAAGCUAUUGUUCUGCUUCCUGUUCUGACACACACACACACACA